AUGGAGGAAGAGUUGCGUUUUGAAGAUGACCAGCGAGACCAGCCGGGACCAAACCCGGGUCCCUACGACCUGCUUGAUCAGCGGGCUGCCGAUAUUCUCAACUUCCCGAACAUGCUCAACUUUGGCCCUUGUCGACGCACUCUCGGUUGGCCGUUUCAGCGGUCGGUGCGGUUGAUGUUGCUGCCGCCGUUGCCCUAUCCCAUCGCGGGCUUCACCUACUGCUCCACGCCACUCACCCCGACGACCAGCCCUGCGGACGGCGCGGACGUCGCUGCUGGCCAAGCGCCCCUGCCGCCCGGCCACAGCUUCCUCCUCUCAGGCGAGGUGUCCAGCGAAGGCACGGCAGAGGCGAUGUACAUCCACAAGAUAGGAAAGCGGUGGAGCUUCAAAAACCUGAUCGUCAGCUCCCUCACACCGUCUGUGCCUAUCUUCCUCAGUUCAAUGAAGUACAGCGGAUCGGCAACUACUUCGCGCUUCACCUACACCACCGACAAGCACAUCUUCCUCCUCAACAACCUCACCGCGAUCACCACCAACUGGGCGCUCGGCGCCGAGCUCCUCUACUCGGUGGCCGAAGCCAAGCCCAGCUUGUCCGUGGGCCUGCGCUACUUGAAGCGGGAGGGCUCGACCAGCGACGCCACCACCGAGUUCACUAUCGCCGCCGCUGUCAUGGGCCACAUCCGAGCCACCUACACGCGUGAGAUUUUCCGUUCUGUGCACCUUGCCACACGGUAUGAGUUCAACAUGAACGACCUGCACUCCCGAACUGCCGGCGGACUGGAGCUGCGCCCGACGCGCGACUUCCCUUACAUCCUCAAGGCCAAGUUCGACACCGAGGAUGGUGUUGGACUCGCGAUUGGACACAAGCUGGAGAACCAACGCGGGGCGUGGAUGCUCGCCGUCAACUACGACCGCAGGAGCGGGCCACACAUUGGCCUCAGCUUCCACUUCUGA